UCCGCUCAUUUAUUGAUCCGACAGAGUUCCUUCAGGAGAAAAAAAAGUGAAGAGGAUCCUUAAACGACACGGGGGAGAGAUGCAGCCGGCGGAGAGAUGGACUUUGCUGCUUCUUCUUGUUGGUUUCAUGGCGCAAGGCUGCUCAUCAUCCAAGGCAGAGGACCGGCUCUUCAGGAAACUGUUCAGAAGAUAUAACCAGUUCAUCAGACCGGUGGAGAAUGUCUCCGACCCUGUUACCGUGGAGUUCGAGGUCUCCAUCUCGCAGCUGGUCAAAGUUGAUGAGGUGAAUCAGAUAAUGGAAACAAAUUUAUGGCUCAGACAUAUUUGGAACGACUACAAGCUGCGAUGGAUGCCUGCUGAGUUCGACGGGAUCGAGUUCAUUAGAGUUCCAUCAAACAAGAUCUGGAGACCCGACAUCGUGCUCUACAACAACGCUGUAGGGGAUUUCCUGGUGGAGGAUAAGACCAAGGCUCUGCUGAAGUUUGAUGGUACCAUCACCUGGGUUCCUCCAGCCAUUUUCAAAUCCUCCUGCCCAAUGGACAUCACCUACUUCCCCUUCGACUAUCAGAACUGCUCCAUGAAGUUUGGCUCUUGGACUUAUGACAAAGCCAAGAUUGACCUGGUACUUAUCGGGUCUAAGGUGAACCUGAAAGACUUCUGGGAGAGCGGCGAGUGGGAAAUCAUCGACGCUCCGGGCUACAAGCAUGAUAUUAAGUAUAACUGCUGUGAGGAGAUCUACCCAGACAUCACCUACUCCUUCUACAUCCGGCGCCUGCCGCUCUUCUACACCAUCAACCUCAUCAUCCCCUGCCUCCUCAUCUCUUUCCUCACAGUGCUGGUUUUCUAUCUCCCGUCUGACUGUGGAGAGAAGGUCACGCUCUGUAUCUCCGUCCUGCUCUCCCUCACUGUGUUCCUGCUCGUUAUCACCGAGACCAUCCCCUCCACGUCGCUGGUCAUCCCGCUCAUUGGAGAGUAUCUGCUCUUCACCAUGAUCUUCGUCACGCUGAGCAUCGUCAUCACCGUCUUCGUUCUGAACGUACACUACCGCACGCCAAUGACCCACACUAUGCCGGACUGGGUGCGAUCGGUGUUUCUCAAAGUGCUGCCGAGGGUUAUGCUGAUGCGGAGACCGAUUGACGAAGACAGCAAAGCUGGGGGGUUGGACAGCAGUGGGGAGGCAGGAGGAGCUGGAGGGGGAGGAGGAGGCGGAGGAGGGAAAGGAGGGAAGAAAAGAAAGAAUAGCUUGAUGCAGCAGGUCAGAGGAGGCUCCCUCAACUGUCUGGAGUUCGGGGACAGUAAACUCUCGUCAGUGGAGGGCUGCACGGGGAAGAAAUGCCCUUGCCCCUGCCAGCAUGGGAAGGAGACCCCAGACACUCCAGACCUGGGGAAGAUAUCUCGUCAGCUGAGUCCUCAGAGCAUCAACACGGUGGUGGCCUUUUCUGUGGUGUCCCCUGAGAUCAAACAGGCCAUCGAGAGCGUCAAGUACAUCGCUGAGAACAUGAGGAGUCGCAACAAGGCCAAAGAAGUGGAGGAUGACUGGAAGUAUGUUGCCAUGGUGAUCGAUAGAAUCUUCCUUUGGGUGUUUGUGACUGUGUGCGUCCUGGGAACCGUGGGCCUCUUCCUCCAGCCGCUUUGUGGCUUCGUCUCAUAACUGCUAACCGAUCGGGGUUCACUAUCGCCCUGCGUCGACCAAUCCUGAACAAGUGACUAACUCUCAGUUCUCAGUUGACCAAUCAGAAGACAGAGUUUCGAGUCCUAAAGCACUAUUUGGUGUGCUGGUUUUGCUUCUUGCCGUUUGCAGAGAGAGCAGUGAUAUUAGAAACAGUGAAGCUGAGAAAACAGGUUUAAAGUUUAAAGAGUGGCUGGUAAACUGCGUAACAGAUGCUAAUGUUAAAAUGCCUUAAUUUAAUGCUUUUAAAGGCUGCUCAUUUAUCUAAAACUCAUUGCCAUAGAACAUAUAUGAUGAACUAUAAAGACUACACUCUGGAUUUGGAUAAACUUCACACAAACAAGUCGAUAAAGUUUCUGCUUUCUAGACCACUGGAGUUCACAAGUUCAAAAAUAAAAUAAACGUAAUUAUUUCUACAACGUAGUUAGUAGUUCAUAGGACUUAAAGGUAUCUCUGUUGUGCUAAGUCAGUAUGUCUCCUAAAAUUGGCUUUCCCAUACAACAAAACUGCAUUCUCAACUUUGUUUUUGAGCUAAACCUAUUUUCUCCUCACAGUUUUAAAUACAUGGGUAAAAUUGUGAAACACAUCUACUUGGUUAGGUUUAGGAAAAUAUCGUGGUUUGGGGCCAGAUAAGUACAUUUGUUACGUAACUUAUUACAUUUUAGAAAUAUGCUAUGUGAGUAAACUUAUGUAUGCAAGGUAAAGUUAGUCAACAUUGACUUUUUCUUUCAAAUGGAACGUGAAUGGUGGUUUUCAGGAUAAAAGUCUGGAUGGUUGCUUGACCCGUCCAUUCACCCCAACUUCCUUCCUUUGUGGAGUUUCAGGAUUGCAGAAUUAAAAGAAAUUACUGGGCCAAUCUUCAUGAAACUUGAUGUAAAGGCGUAGCAAUGGCCAAGGAAGACUCCAUUAAAUACUGGAGUCAAAUCCAAUCACAGGGCAGAUUAACACAAAUUAAUUUACACUUCUGUAAACAUUGCAAGAUAGGGUAUUCGUGCUGCAUUCAUGUAGCAUCAAAAUAAUCCGAAAAAUAUGUUUGACGAUCUUAUUUGGCUCACUUGAUCCAGUUCCUUUGCUCUUCAUUGUCACAGAAAUACUGAAAACAGCUCUCAAUGAGUUCUUUAGACCUUCUGACUGAUAAGUUACAAAAUACAUUAUGUUCUUUGUAGCGUCUAUCAUUGAGCUCAUUUGGGAGGUUAUGGAAGUAAAACUGUGUCAUUGAA